AUGAAGGCAACACAUCAGUCAACAGCCGCUGUCAAAUUUAUGCAUCCCCCGCACGCACGCCACACCACCAAUGCGAUCGUGCUCGCUGGCUUUGCCGCCGCUUGCCCAGGCAUCGACCACGCGCAGGGCCUGGCUCCCCGCACUCCUGAUCAUUCGAUCCAGCCGAGCGGCGGCGAAACACUCCUUCGCGAUCUCACUUGGGGCGAUAUGGUGGCUCUACACCUCACAGACGUUCACGGCUGGUAUCAAGGGCACAAAAAGCAGAGCGAGCCUGAACCCAACUAUUCAGGCGACUGGGGCGACUUUGCCUCGUUCGUAUCGCACAUGCGCAAGCUCGCCAAGAAGAAGGGAGUCGAUCUGAUCCUUGUCGACACGGGAGAUCUACACGACGGAGCAGGUCUUAGCGAUGGCUACCCUGCCGGCCAGGUCGACGGCCAGGUUUCGAACCAGUUCCACGCCAUGGUCGACUUUGAUCUCCUCACAGUUGGCAAUCACGAGCUGUACAAGUAUGAGAACGCUUGGAACACCUUGACCGAGUUUGUCCCAAAGACUCACGGUCGCUACAUGGGCUCCAACGUCAAAGUCAGCCAUGCUCCACCUCGCGGCGGCGGAGCCAACGUGACCUACAACUUUGGCGAGCAGUUCGUCAAGUUCAAGACCGACCACGGACGCAAGGUGACUUCGCUCGGUGUGCUCUUCAACUUCACCGGUGCCGACCAGGGCAUCACUGUCCAGGACCCAGCCAAGAUGGUCCUCGAGCCGUGGUUCGCCGACGCGAUCAAGGAUGAGCCCGACGUCUUCAUCGUCACGGGCCACAUGCCCGUGCGCAAGGACCAGUUCCCCGUCGUCAUAGACGCCAUCCGCAAGCUGCACCCGACCACUCCCAUCAUGGUGCUCGGCGGACACUCGCACAUCCGCGACUGCACCACGUACGACAAGUACUCGAUGGGCAUCGAGUCUGGCCGCUACCUCGAGACCAUCGGCUGGCUCUCGAUGAACUUUACGCAGGACGGCCCAACGUUCAGCCGCUCGUACAUCGAUGCCAACCGUCGCAACUACGCCUACCACGCCGGCCUCUCGUCCAAGCCCACCAAGUUCGACACGGCGCUCGGCAAGAAGAUCACGCGCCAGAUGAACCAGGUCGCCGACGCGUGGAACCUCUCGCACGUCUACGGCAACGCCCCGCAGGACUACUACCUGCAGCGCGUGCCCAUCAACGACACGUCGUCGCUCAUCAACUUUAUGACGAACAAGGUGCUGCCCACGGUCAUCUCGACGUCCAACGCGGAGCGCAAGGGCGUGCCCAACCUCGUGAUCGCCAACAGCGGCUCGCAGCGCUUCGACCUCUACGCGGGACCCUUCACCAAGAACGACCAGUACAUCGUGUCGCCGUUCACCGACGCAUUCCAGUACAUCAAGGACGUGCCGUACCAGUACGCUAGCCAGAUCAUCCACAGUCUCAACCACGACAAGGCGGCGCAGGCGUCGAGCAGGAGACGCAGCGCCGAGGACGACGAGGUGGAAAAGGAUCUGUAUGCCAAGGGCCACGUGUCGCACAUCUACAACCGCUGGAUGAAGGAGCAGCACCACUUUGCGUCGAACGAGGCUGCGCUCGACCUGGCCAAGCUCGAUGCGCGUGCUGCUGCGGCGCAGGCUCAGCGCACGCUCGGCUACGUGACCAAGGACGACUGCCCUGGCGAUGGCGACGACACCAUCCACAACGCCAUCCCCUUUGCGUCGGUGCCGGACUACGUGCAGAGCCCCGUGACGGGCGACAAUGUCGGACCGACCGACAAGGUGGACGUCAUCUUCCUCGAUUUCAUCGCCAAGAACGUCGUGCGCAUCCUCAACGGCCUCCAGACCGAGCGCACCUACUCGCUCUCGGACGUGGCGGCGUACAACCAGUACACCACCCAGGACAUCUACCCGCUCUAUGCCGAGCAGGUGUGGGCCAAGAACGCCACUGCCUAG